GGUGGCGAAAUGCACCUUCAACUUGGUUUGCAGUCGGUCAUUAAACCAAAGAAGACGAAGAAGAGGCAUAAGAAAACAAACAGAUGUGUCUUGUGACCAGCUUUUGAGGAAGCAGUCAACUCAGCUGGGGCUGGCAGCAGGAUGUUCUCUGUGAGCUCAGCACAGAGACGGCUCCCCGCUCAGCUGCUGCUGCUGCUGUGGACACUCACACACUUCUCUGAGUCCAGCGUGUAUCUGUUGGGUCCAGAUGUCUUCACACUUCAGAAGAACUCUGGAGCCAACAUCAGCCUUACUUCCAGUUCCCCAGUGAACCAGACUGCUGUGAUUCACUUCAACAUCUCCUUCAGCUCCAAGCCCGACUACACAUCUGUGAUCACACUGCCUGAGCAGGUGUUGCUGCCAGAGAAAGAAACCUCAGUGAUUUUCUUUGUGACGGCCCACGAUGUUGGUCAGGUGACCUCAUACCUGCUUACCAACAACACAGAGCUCAAGAGUUCUAUCAGGAUCCACUUCCUGGUUGUCCAUAGCAACAUCCUGUCAAUAAUCUCUCAGGUGAUUGGCUGGAUUUACUUUGUAGCCUGGUCCGUGUCCUUCUAUCCACAAGCCUGGGAAAACUUCCGGAGAAAAAGUGUUGUAGGUCUCAACUUUGACUUCCUGGCUCUCAACCUGACCGGCUUCAUCGCCUACUCUGUCUUCAACAUAGGACUGUUCUGGGUGCCUUAUAUAAAGGAGGAGUUCCUGAAGAGCAACCCCGAUGGAAUUAACCCUGUGAGCGCCAACGAUGUCUUCUUCAGUCUGCAUGCUGUCGUGUUCUGUGUGGUCUACAUCGGCCAGGCCGCUGUGUAUGAGGUAGGGGGGGGUCAGAAGGUCUCGCGCACAGCCUGCUUCCUGCUGGUGGUUGGCUGGACGUUUGCCUUGGUCAGCCUGUUUGUUGCCGUAGCCAAACAGAUCACCUGGCUGGAUUACCUCUACUAUUUCUCCUACAUCAAACUGGCAGUCACUCUGAUCAAAUAUGUGCCACAGGCGUACAUGAACUACAGAACGCAGAGCACCGACGGGUGGAGCAUUGGCAACGUGCUGCUGGACUUCACAGGGGGAGUCCUCAGUAUUCUGCAGAUGAUCCUUCAGUCUUACAACAACGACGAGUGGGUGCUUAUAUUUGGCAAUCCCACCAAGUUCGGUCUGGGUGUUUUCUCCGUGGUGUUCGACAUCCUCUUCAUGACUCAGCACUACUGUCUCUACAGACAGCGGCCACAGUAUGAAGCUGUUACCGGGCAACCAGACUGAUGCUGCCUGUAGACGGAGUGUCAAAAGAACCUUACAAAGGAGCACGCACAAUAAGCACAUACUGUUUCAAACUGCUGGAGAAGUUGUGGUGCCUGUCGUAUUUGACUUCCAUCAUAUGUUCUCUUCAGCAGCUUGCCUUUUAAAAUGUAUACCUCAGGGUUAGCGGGGCCUUUUUUUCUUUACUCUGUUUGACAAUUAUUGAUGGAAUGUAUAAAAACCAAUUAUGUAACGAUGA